CGGCUGUCCUCCUCCUUCAACACCACAACAAACGCCAUUGCGCCAAAAUUCCUUUUGAAAAGGAAAGAGGACACGACAACGAGCACAUGCACACACGCACCAACCAACCAUGCGCAUCAACCGAACGAAGAAGGCCAAGAAGGUCUUGGCCGUGUACCAGAGCGCGUUUGGCUUCCACGAACCGUACCAAGUGAUUGUGGAUGGAACGUUCGCGCAGGCAGCCCUGCGAGUGAAAGUGCACAUUGCCGAGCAGCUACCACGAUACCUUGCCUCGACCGUACAGCUAUUGACGACACGCUGCUUGAUUAGUGAGCUUGACACACUGGCUGCUGCGUUGAAGGACCGUGAUCAGUUUCUUGGUCCAAAGCUCGUACUUCGCCGCUUUCAGAACCGCCACUGCGGCCACGCAAAAGGAUGCAGUGCUGCCGCUUGCCUGAAGGAUAUGGUGGGCGACAGCAACAAGCACCGCUACGUGAUUGCGACGCAGGACCCGCAGGUGAUGCAGCAGUUCAAACACGUCGCCGGCGUGCCCAUCAUCACCAUCAAUGGCGGCCGGCUCUUUCUCAUGCGACCGAGCCCCGCAACACAGGAACACUUGCAACAGAAGUCUGAGGAGAAGCUUGGGGUUGAGUCGCACGAGGAGAAGCUGCUUCGCAAGCUCAACGCAGUGUUGCAGCGGCAGAAGCAGGCGUCCGCGUCGGCGUCCGCGCUGCUCAGCAACAAGAAGAAGCGAAAAAAGAAGAAGAAGAGCAAGAAGGGUACGGGCACAACACAAAGCAGCAGCAGCAGCAGCAGCAGCAGCAGCAGCAGCAGCGGUGGCGGGGGUGACACAUCGGCGAAACAGAAGAAGAAGAACAAGAAGAAGACAGGAAAGUGAGAAAGGCAGAAUGUGAAUCGUGGUGUGGUGGUGGUGCAUGUAUGCGUGCGUGUGUGCGUGCGGUUGAAAUGCCGUAAUCAACGCCCAAAGUAAACCCUAACUCUCGAGUCCAC